UGCAUCUCCAAUUUUGGAUGAAUCAUACAUACACGUGAUCGGUGACUAUCGCCCUUUUAAGGAGCAUUUUUGUAAUCAAUUUGCGCAUCCUUAUUGGUUACGGUGGGAUUCUGUGAUAAUCUAUUUUUCACUAUUGUUGGAACGGCAGUCAUUCAUAUGCGAACUUCUAAGAUCAUUGCGUUGUCUAAAUUCACCCGAAGCUCCACCUACAGCAAUUAUUAUUAAUGGUCCGACAACAUUACAAAAGGUAAUAUUAUACAAACUUUCUUAUACCAAAGAAACACUGGCUGUGGCUAAAGGAACUAAGAAGAGACGGUUUGAAAAUAGGCGACUCUCGGUCAAUCGAUUAAUAGAUUGGUCAGUGUUUGUGUCAGCUCAACUUAUAAGUGAGAAUCAUGAUUGUGGUGAAAGCUCGGACCGUUUCGUGUUAUCAACUCGGCUUAGAAAUAAGAACCAUGGG